GAACCCUAUAUACUGUUGCAUCAAUUUUCCUUUGCCUUAUUCUAAACAUUCGGCAAAUUCACUUUGGUCCCUCAUUCUAAACAGAGAAAAUAAACUUUGUAAUUUGUUGCUUCUUAUGUGAUCUUUAUUGGUCAUUUGCUUUAAUUGCACCUUUCGUCGAACUGUUGCAAGACUUACUCCGCCAAAAAGUCUUUGAAAUCCUUGAAAUGUUUUGCCAAUAAAAAAGACAGAUUCAAAAUGGCAACUUGGACCAAAAACCAACCAAUGGGUUCGUCAUCGGCCAGAAGAAAAUGGAAUUUAGAAGAUCGCACGUCGUUGAAUAACUUGAAAUAUCAUAUUGCAUCAGAAGGUUGCUCUGAAGUGCAGUAUGAUUUGGCCAAACAGUUGUUGGAGAAAAACUUGGAAGACAAUGUUGAAGCUUCAAAUCAACAAGCCGUCCAUUGGCUUAUUUGCGCCGCUCAGCAGGGACACGAAGAAGCAGCGAGUCUUUUACAAAAAUGCUAUGAUGAAGGCUGCGGCAUAACAGCUGAAAAUGAAAAUGAAGUACGUUUAUCACUCUCAAUGACACCUGGUGAACGGGCAGCAAGAAAGGCGGCACGUGAACUUUUUGCCUGUCUCUCCAACGGUGGUAAACACAUAACACCCAAACAGUUGGAGCGGAAAAUGCGCGAAAUAUAUAAAAUGCAAAAGGCUCGAAGACAUGCGGGUGACUCAACAUCUACAUCCGAAGAUGAAGAUCAUGUGCCGCAACAAUCUCUGGAAGAUGGCUCAGGACCUUCCCUUAGCAAUGGUUCAGUUAAUUUACGACAUCAACCAAAAGAACGUAAAAGAAAAACCCGUCGAAGCCAUUUAAAUGCACCCGAACCGACGGCUGACAACGAUCAAAUCACUGAAGAAAAUUUGGUUUCGGCCGCUGUUAAUUAUGCAGCUGGACGUAUGCCGGCUGUCAACGACGUCAUGACCUUGACGGUGCCUCAUCCUUCCUCAUUGGACCAUGUACCUUGUUUUCAUCGAUUACUAUUCCAUCCUAUAGUGUUCUUUACGUUGCUAUAUCAUCGUAUGAUUAAUAUUGUGGCUGAUUUUCCCAAGCGUGUACCUCAAAGUGUUAGGCUGGCUUUGCUGCUCAUCGUCUAUUGGUUGGUGUCUACAGAUAAUCUGACAACAGCAUUACCGGUGGGAUUCUAUUACCUUUGUUGGUCCAUCAUGAUUUGGUCCACAUGUAAAAUGCUUAAGACCAAACAUGAUUUUAUCGACUUUCGUAUAUGGUCUGGACUAUUUCUAUCCUAUGGUGACCAUAAUAUUGAAGCUGAUAUAUCGGAGAAUCGUUUCCUGAGGAAUAAUAUGCAACCUUAUCUAUAUUUCUUUUGUGCUUUCAUCGGAAACUUCCUGGUAUACCCACUGCUGCCACCCGAAUGGUUGCCUCAUUCCGAACUGACAAUCGUGGCUGGUAUAUUUGUGUUCUUUUCCAUGCUGGCAUUCAUGUAUUCUACACAACGUUUUCCUGAUUGGAUAUUUCUCAUAUCGUUUGGCGUUAAUGUUUUGGCUAAAUACCCCUAUGAAAUGGAUGAUGUUGUAACAACUGGCUGGCGUUUCUUGGAUCUGAAAGUGCCCACAUUUUGUUCCUUCGUCAUUGGCAAUGGCAUCGAAUUCUGUUUAAACUGUCGCACAGCCCUAUAUCUGUUGAUCCCAGUAUUUUUGGUACAUUUAGCCAAAAGAUCAAAUUGGCACGGAACAUAUACAACGCUAAUUCCGCAUUGUGUUACGCUCAGUUGGCUUCAGUUGUGUAUUACUAGUGCCCAAAGUGCUACAAUGUUUGGUGUGGUUCGAGCAACACUCGGACUGGCGGGAGUUCUACUAUUCCUACCCUUGUUUGGUUUGGUGUCUCUGUUGAUUCCAGUUUUUGUUGUCGUUGAAUGGUUGGGUUUUACAAAUCCAAAUUUGCGCUUGGGCAGUACUGUUAUUGUCUCGCUGUUGGCCGUUUUGUUCUCAUGUUUCUUGGCCAUAAAUCGUACAACGCAGAAAUAUGUAACUAUUUUGCAGGUCCUUAUUUGCAUAACCGCAGCCUGUGUUUUAACAUUCCCCUAUAUGACAUCCAGCUUUAAGGACACUUCUCGAUUUAAUACAAUGAUACCUGAUUUAAAACAUCAUCAGUCUGUAAUAACUACCCUUCCAACCGAGGAGGUACAUAUGCCACCUCCACCGCCAGAAUAUCUAACAUGGCAACGAUUCUAUAGCCACUGUGGUCCGCAAGCUUGGUGGAAGGAAAACAAUAAAAUCAAGACUCAAUUGAAAUGUGCCCAUCUGGAAGGUUUACCCGUGUCCUGGGAAGGUGAUGUGACACAAAUUCAAAUAGCCAGUGUUAAAAAUAAACCAGCUUGGUACAUCAACAAAUACUUACCAUCAUGGCUGGCUAAAAUCAUAACCUGUUGGUAUGGUGAACGUUUGUCGGCAAUUAACAAAUGCGCUGCUCCUCAAGAUCGCCUGUGUAAUGACUUUGAAGAAAUUCUAAAAACUAGCAAUUUAGAUCAACAAUGUUCCUUACAAAAAUGGAAUCAGUAUGAAUAUGAAAUACGUAUAAAUAUGUAUGCCGGCAUAUUGGAUAAACGUCGGCAAGAAGUUGUGUUGCAGGCUCAACAUAAAUUUGGUAAUUUUUCUAAGCGUUUAAUUGAAGGUGAUCGUGUACAUUUUUAUGGUACCCUAACAAAUAGUCGCAUUGUUUCCCUGCCACCCUCAACACAUAUCUAUGAAGAAUAUCUAUUGGGUGGCUCUCCCGUGGCCCAUAUCAAAUUGGCCGCCAUUGAAUGUUUACAGUGUCAAGAUCGUGAUAAUCCGCCUGUUAUUAUUGAUUCAUUGAUCAAAUCACCUGUCGAUGCAAGAAUGCGAGAUUUAAUGCGUGGCAUUAAGUAUUUGUUGAAUGUCUUCUUGAGUCCAUUGAUAACGUUUAAAUAAAAACCUGUACACCCAGACGUUUUUCUUCAUGCAACAAAAUGCGCUUGGUUUUAUAUUUACUGCAUCUGGUGGAAAGCCUCAUUUAACUAUGGUUUAAUGGUUACAUUUUUAUUAAAUGUUGGAGGGGAGUUCAUUUAAGAGCAUUUGGCAACGAUCUAGCUGUCCGUAUAUCUGACUUGUGCAAACAAUAAAAUAUUCUUGAAACUCUUCACACCUUAUACUUUAAAUUCAAACAGCGGACUGUAUUGGUUUGUAGCUCGACUGCUGAUACACAAAAAUCAUAAAACAUAUUCCCAGUUUUUGAUUUGUUUGUUGAGCAACAUUUUAUUUCCUUCAAAUUUAGGACAAUUUCAAAACAAGAUUACAUCGGUCCACUCCACAACAAACCUAGCCACAAACUCUUAAUGUAAAUGCAAAACUUUUGCACAAUUUUAAUAUCUGAUUUGGUCUAAAAUGUUGUGGUAAUAUUUCAAACUAACUUACAUCGAAUAAAAAAUAAAUAUCGGCACAAUCCUUUUCGUACCUCCUUACAAGCACGUCUUGCAAAAGUCAUUGGCUGAAGUUUUAUAUAGUUUCUACUCCUUUUAAAUGUGUUAUAUUUUCCUUAAUAUUUUCCAUAUUACCUCUAUUAUAUAUUGUUAUCGAUUUAUUACUCACAUUUAUGUACAUGCCCCCCUAAAAGUACUGAAAAUGUAUGAAUAUUUCGUGUGUGUGUUUCUCUCUUCUAUAAUUUUAAUAUUUAAUUUUCUCACACCCAAUGUACAACUUGAUUAUUGAAAUAUAUAUUUGUAUGUACAUGUCUAUCUAAUGCUAACUUGAAUUAAAAAGUAAAAUGAUUAAUUAUUAUUAGUAA